AUGAAGUUAGUUCUACACAGGUACGACCUGCCCGAGCUCUGGACACCCAGUACGAAUUCCGAGAUCGACAGAGCACUGAGACCGCUCCAGAUAACAGACUCUGGAGCGCGGGAGGCGCUGGUGGGGGACUGCUAUCUUCGUAUUCCGACUCGGUACCUGCGAAGAUCAAGAUCCCAACCAGAGUCAUCUCCCUCGGAACCGGAGCUUAAAUUCUUGGCUCAAUUAGUGCUCCGCGAAUGUUCACCUUCUUACGGCCAGUACCGUAAUGAAUACCAGCUCCACGGGGAAGACGCGAAAGGGACACUGUCGAAUGCCAUUACUAACGUCAUAGCAUGCCUGAUACGACUCUGUGUUCGCCAGCGCGAGCUAUCCGACAGCGUGGUAGCAAGUUCCGCCGGAUCGCCCAGGGCCGAAGAUGACGUGCCAAACACAGGCGCGUUUGAACGACCGAUCACGUGGGGAAUCCCAUCGAGCCCCGACGGUUUAUAAAAUUGGUCUUGGCAUGAGGGGUUACCAGGAGCUGGUUCGCCUCCGAGAGCAAUGGGCCACCCACGGCCAGCCCAGUCUGCCGCAGAUUGCUCCUCCUAUCAUGCCCGUCUUGGUAUUUAACCUUCGAUCAACCGACUAUUUUGGACCGACAGCGGAGUGGUGCUCCAAGAAGCGCAGCUGGGUUGUGAAGCCAUUCGAGAAAUGCCAGACGGCCAGCGAAUACAGCAUUUUCCUCCGUCAGGAGCUCGAAAAGUACGAAGUCCUUCUACAUCAGCGACAACAUCGGCGCCGAAGCCGAAGGAAGCAGAGACGCGAGCAGAGACCUGACUUCCACUCCGACGCAGAAGCGGGCUCGUCUUCGGCGUCCGCCGAUGAGACAUCGGACGAAGAGAGUCUCAGAGCACGACAACGACGACAAGGCCGGGUGGUGAAGCGGAUGGAGGCGCGGGUGUGCAAACUGAUGGCACAAGAGCUGGAAGAUGCGGCAAAAGCGACGAGAAAUGUACCGGCUCGAAGAUACGGGUAACUGGAGAAAACUCGGUGAGUAUCUCGAGAGGGAAUUCAAUCAUCGGCUUCGUCAGGUCCAGUCGUGACUCAAGCAUGGGCAAUGGUAAAAGGGCACCUGAGGCAAGAGGCAUUUAUGUACAAUAAGUAUUAAUGAGGGGACGUUGGGGCGUCGCUGAUGACUGUUUAUUCUACA